AUGGCAAACCAAUCCCCCCCUAGACGUCGGUCCUUGCUAGAUGACCUCCCUUUGGAGAUCAUGCAAAUGAUCCUGGGCUAUCUCAACGACGAAGAGCUGCGCCGCCUCGUGCGAGACGUACAGGAGCUGGCCUCCCACGCCAAAGAGGUAAUCAAAUUUCGAUUCAAGGAGAAAAAUACUUACACCCUUCCAGAUGAGGCCGCUGUUCUCGAGCACCAUGGUGGCCGGCUCCCCGACAACGUAAACCCCGACAACGUGGCCCUCGGCACCAUUGCCGGCAUCAUCAGGACCAAUAACCUCGAGAUCCUGAAGGUGCUGGUGGAGGCUGGUCUGGACCUGAUGUCUUUCAGCUUGGGUGGCUGGCGUCUGGGACUGGCUCUCGCAUGGGAUAGUGCCAAGGAUGUUGCAAGAUACCUCAUCGACGAGAUGAAGCCCGAGGACCUUUUGCACGGAGUCUGCCGCGUCGGACGACAGGGUGAGCCCCCAAACUUCCUCACCUUGGCUGCGUGCUAUAGCGCCGACAUCUUCCGCCAGAUGUGGCAGCGUGUCCACCAUCUUCCAAACUGGCAGGACCAUGUCCCUGAAGUGGCUCGCUUCCAGCUGUGCAGAGAGCGGAUGCGCUUCUUGCACGGGAACUCGCUGAGGACGGCCGCCGAGUCCAAUGACAACAUGGACUUUAUCGAGUACCUGUAUGGCCGCAUCCCCGAGUCCAUCAACGCCGGUAGCAGUGAGAACCGCCGCACGCCCCUCAUGAUCGCGGCGGCCGAGCGGUGGCACGAUCGCUCCAAUGCGAUCGGAUGGCUGCUCCGGCAUGGAGCCGAUGCCACGAUCAUGGUUGAGGAUGGAAAAACUGCGGCUUGGUUCGCAAGCGCGGCGCACCGCGCGGACUUGGCUCGUUUGCUUUCCUCGUCCUUUUCUCCGUACUCUGAGUCGAUUCGGGGCUGA